AUGCUCUACCUGGUUGCUCUCCUCUUGCACUGUCUCCCCUUGGCCAUGGGACAGUAUGACAUUUGCAAGUCCUGGGUGACCACGGACGAUGGCCCGUCAUGGGAGUUUUAUGCUUGUCAACCCAAGGCCAUGCGGAUGAAGGAUUAUGUGACAGUACGGGUGGAUCCGGCAGGAAUCACUUGCGGGGACCCACCGGAGAGAUUCUGCACCCAUGAGAACCCGUACCUGUGCAGUGAUGAGUGUGACGCCUCCAACCCGGACCUGGCCCACCCACCGAAACUCAUGUUCGACAGCGAGGACGAAGGGCUGGCUGUGACGUGGCGCCGGUACCCGGAGCCGCUGCUGGCCAACAUCACGCUGUCCUGGAACAAAAGCAUCGAGCUGACGGAUGACAUUGUGAUAACCUUCGAGUAUGGCCGACCCACCAUCAUGAUGCUGGAGAAGUCGCUGGACAACGGAAGGACUUGGCACCCAUACCAAUAUUACGCAGAUGACUGCAUGGAGGCCUUCAGCAUGCCAGCACGGAGGGUCCGGGACCUCUCCACCACCAGUGCCAACAGGGUCCUCUGCACGGAGGAGUAUUCCCGCUGGGCGGGCUCCAAAAAAGAGAAGACUGUCCGGUUCGAGGUGAGGGACCGCUUUGCCAUCUUCGCUGGCCCCGACUUCAAGAACAUGGACAACUUGUACACCCGGCUGGAGAGUGCUAAAGGGCUCAAGGACUUCUUCACCGUCACCGACCUGCGGAUGAGAUUGCUGAGACCGGCCCUGGGGGGCACCUACGUGCAGAGGGAGAACUUGUACAAGUACUUCUAUGCCGUCUCCAACAUUGAAGUCACCGGCAGGUGUAAAUGCAACCUCCACGCUAACCUGUGCACCUUCAAAGAGGGCAGCCUUCAGUGCGAGUGCGAGCACAACACCACGGGGCAGGACUGCGGCAAGUGCAAGAAGAACUUUCGCUCCAGGUCUUGGCGAGCAGGAUCCUACCUGCCUCUCCCCAACGGGUCCCCCAACGCAUGUGCAGCUGCAGGCUCAGCCUUUGGCAACUGCGAGUGCUACGGCCACUCCAACCGCUGCAGCUACAUCGACUUCCUCAACGUGGUGACCUGUGUGAGCUGCAAGCACAACACGAGGGGCCAGCACUGCCAGCACUGCCGCCUGGGCUUCUACCGCAACAGCUCGGCAGAGCUGGACGACGAGAAUGUAUGCAUAGAAUGUAACUGCAACCAGAUCGGCUCCAUGCACGACCGCUGCAACGAGACCGGCUACUGUGAAUGCAAAGAAGGCGCCACGGGGCCCAAGUGCGACGACUGUCUGCCCAACUACUACUGGAGACAGGGCUGCUUCCCCAACGUCUGCGACGAUGAGCUCCUGCUCUGCCAGAACGGCGGCACCUGCUACCAGAACCAGCGCUGCAUCUGCCCCGUGGGCUUCAAGGGGGUCCUGUGCCAGCAAUCCAGGUGCGAAGCCGACAAAAAGGACUGCGACAGUGCCCCCGGCGUGUGCGGCAGCCUCGGCACCAUCCUCCUCGGG